AUGGGGCUGCGGCUGCCGGCGCAGGUGGGAGCCGCGCCCGGCGCAGGGCUGGACGCGGCGGUGCAGGGGUACCCCUUCGAGGCCUGGGGGCUCGCGGGGCCUGACCUGCUGGCGCUGGACGCGGGGGUCCUGGAGGCACUGGGCGUGCGGCCCUUGGGACACCAGGAGCUGCUGCUGGAGGCCGCGGAGCAGCUCCGGAACCUGGACACAGGGCUGGCGAGCACCAGCCUGCGGACGCUGACGGAGAGGCUGCAGGAGCUGGCACAGGGCAUCCCGAGCCUGGUGCAGGCAGGGCUGUCAGCAGGGGAUGGCCCCCAGCCGCCUUCCCUCACCCUCCUGGCCCGAGUCAUCGACCUGGUCGGGGCUGCCAAGGAACUCUUCUCCUGGCUCAACAGGUACCUGUUCUCCACCCUCAACGACUUUUCGGCCAGCCGGGACAUCAUCCUGCUGUGUGCCCAGCUGGCAGAGACGCUGCAGGCGUGCCAGCACAUCGUGGGCAUCUGCGAGAGCAUCGUGGGCUGCAGCCCCCCGGCGCUGCUGGACCGCCGGGCUGUGCUGCAGCGCGUGGGGCUGGCGCUGCUCCCCGCCCCACAGGGCAGCCCCCCGACGUCCCCCAGCACCCCAACACUGCCCCUUGGCCUGCGGCAGAGCCCCCCAACAUCCCCUGACACGCCAACGCUGUCCCCCAGCCAACGGAGCAGCCCCCCAGGAUCCCCUGGCACCCCAACAGCACCCUCUGAUCUUGUGGGGAGCCCCCAGUCACUCCUCACCGCCCGACUGGGCUUUGAGAUCACCUCCACCAGCUCCUGCCUGCACUUCGUGUCUGCCACCACCCCAGAGGCCCUGGCUGCCCACGGGGACCACAUCCUGCCUGGAGAUGAGAUCGUGCAGGUCAACGAGCAGGUCGUGGACUUGCAGGUGGGCUGGACUCCUGUCAACCUGGCGAGGAAGCUGCUGGAGAAGGGGAAUGAGGUGACUUUGGUGCUGAAGAAGAUCCCCCUCAACCUGCCUGGCACACCCCCCUCUCCCAGGCAGCAGCCCGUUCCAGGGCGGGGAGAGCCGUGGGUGCCCCGGCCCGAGGUGCAUCAGGGACCUCAGGGGGCUCAGGGGUCCCGUGUUCCUCCCAGCGUUGCGGCCGACUUGGACUCAGGACCAGACUCUGUCCCGGAUCCCGGCACUGACGAGGAGCAGGAAGAGGCCGGGCGGGAUCUGAGGCUGCCCCAGGCAGCUGUGGAGGAGCUGCCGGGACCGUCUGGACAGGGGCAGCCCGAGCACGGGACGCAGACCAAAAGAGGAGUGGCGACCAGGCUGAGCCGCCGGCGCGUCUCGUGCCGGGACCUGGGCCGGGUGGACUGCGAUGGGUGGCUCCUGAAGAAGAAGGAGCACGUGGGCUUCAUGGCCCAGAAGUGGAAGCGCUGCUGGUGUGUGCUCAAGGGCCACACGCUCUACUGGUACAACCACCCCAACGAUGAGAGGGCUGCAGGACUCAUCAACGUGGCCACCUACAACCUGGAGAGCACGAGGGAGCAGAAGAAGAAAUACGUGUUCCAGCUGUGCCACCAGACAUACAAGCCUUUUGUUUUUGCUGCUGAAACCUUGGCUGACCUGAGCAUGUGGGUGGGUCGCCUGGUAACAGCCAAAACAAAGUACACGCUGGCCCACCAGGCAGUCCCGGACAAGGAGGAAGACUGCUACAGUGAGACAGAAGCUGAGGACCCCGAUGAUGAGACCCCCAGGCACGGAUCUGACUCGCCAAGGAAGAGGCUGCAGAACCCCGCGGAGAAGGCACAGCUCUCCCCAGCCAGCAGCCCCCAGGGCAGCCCCCGGCCCUGCUCCCCCAUGGGUAGCCGAACCACUGCACGAUCCCACGCCUUUGUGGCAGGGCCAUGCACGGGGGAGCCCCGCGGGGUCUCGGGGCUGCCCUCGUGCUCCAGUGCCCCCUGUCCUCGCCCAGAGCCCGCCGGGGAGGACCUGGAGAGCCUGGCGCGGUGCCUGAGGCAGGGCGGGGUGUCCCUGAUGGGGCAGCGGCGGGCCCUGACGCAGGAGCAGUGCCGAAAGUCCUUCCUGCGGCGCAACAGGAACCCGCACAUCAACGAGAGGGUGCACGCCGUGCGGGCCCUGCAGAGCACGCUCAAGGCGAAGCUGGCGGAGCUGCAGGCGCUGGAGCAGCUGCUGGGAGAGGCCGCGCUCACCUCGGACACCUUCAGGCGCUGGAAGGAGGAGCACCAGGAGCUGUACCAGGAGCUGCGGGAGGGCUGGGCAGGGCAGCAGGGCCAGGGCCAGCAGCAGGGCGCUGCUGGAGAGCGGCACAGCCCGCACGGAGAGGCGGCGGAGCCCUGA